AUGAAAGACGACCACGCGUGGCGGCAGCGGGUGGGUGCGCUGCUUGUCGUGCUGGUCGCGGUGCUCUAUGUCGGCUCGGGCAUUGCCAUCCAGUCGCUCUUUGACGAGCUGGACUUUGAGAAGCCCUUCUUCUUCUCGUACGUCUCCGUGAUGCUGUGUUCGUCCUACCUGCUCGGCUCCGCCUACUCGCGCCUCCGCUCCUGCUCCUCUCACUCGUACGCCCAGCUUUCGGCGGAGCCGCUCGCUAGCUCGGCCAAGCCCUCGUACGUCUUUGAGUCGUGGGAGGCGCUCGGCCAUGUGCUGCGGCCGGCGCUGUUCCUCGCGCCCUGCUACUUUGCGCUAAACUACACCUACUUCCUCUCGCUCGACCUCACCUCCGCCUCAGAGACGAUGACAAUCAAUGCGUCGACCGGCGUCUGGACGCUCCUCGCAGAGAGGCUCGUGCUCGGGGAGAGGAUUACCUGGCUCCGGCUCGCGACGGUGAGCGUCUCGGUGGGCGGGCUCGGCCUCGUCACCUACUCGGCCGCCAUACGCGACGAGGCGCACACGAGCCCGCUCGAGGCGAGCGACUCGGCGGCGGGCGCGGCGCUCGCGCUCAUGUCGGCCGCCUCGUCAGGCCUGUAUGCGGUGCUGCUGCGGGCCGCGGUGCCCAGCGAGUCCUCGUUGCACAUGCCCUCCCUAUUUGGGUUGAUGGGCCUCUCCGCGGCGGUGCUGUUCUGCCCGCUCUUCCCGCUGCUGCACUUUUCGGGCGUCGAGCUCUUUGCGGUGCCGCCGUCGCAACAGGCGGUCUCGGCCCUGCUGCUCAACGCCGUGCUCUCGACGGUCCUGCCCGACAUGCUGCUCGCGCAGGCGGUGGUGAUGACGUCGCCCCUCCUCGCCACGCUCGGCCUCUCGCUCAUGAUACCGCUCUCCGUCCUCUCCGACGUGCUGCUCGGCCAGGCGCACGUCUCGCCGCCCUUCUUCCUCGGCACGGCCGCCGUCUUUGUCGGCUUCCAGCUCGAGCACUAUGCCGAGGGCCGCGACGCCACGGCGCGCCAUCCUGGCGGCGCCGCGACGGACGACGCGGACGAGGUGGAGGUGGCCGUCGCUCGUCUGGCGACCCCCCGGCCCUCGUCGCUGGCCGCCGACAGGGCGCGCUCAACCGCGUACGCCGCGCUCGACGACUCGUGCGCGACGCCGCCCCUGUCGGUCGGUCCGUCACCGCACAUGGAGCGGCCACUGCUGGCCAGGUAG